AUAAUAUGUCAUUUGAAUUUAGCAAUGCUAAAACUAUAUUCAUUUCUGAAGAUGACAAAGAUACAGAGAAAGAAGAUAAUGAGAUUAAUAUAUUGAAAUUUAAAUUAUUAGUUAAAGGGAAAGAUAAUAAAGCAUUUCUUGCAAAAAUUAAAAAAUUUGAAUUUUUAAUUGCAUAUAAAACUAGAAAAGAAUCUGGACUAGGAAUACAAAUUGUCGAUGAAGUUGAUUUUAAUUAUUUUAUUAAAGAAUAUAAUCAGGCAAAAGCUAAUAAAAAAGAUAUACAA